AAUUCCUUUGAAGAGCCUUGCAAACAGUCACUCACUCUUUCUUCAUUUUCAUCUCUUUCUACUGUAUCCCCAACUUCCGACUCUGCCGAUUUCCGUUCCAGCAACCGUCUCCAAUUCGCCGCCGGAAUAGUGCCACAGCGGUACCAUUUCCCCCUGAGAGACCAUAAUUUGCAGAGGAAGCAUGCUGAGGAUUGGAUUAAGAAAAAAUGUCUUCAUUUCUGGAAUCUUCAACAGGGGAUUUACCUCGGAGACUGUAAGCAAAUUAGAUGGGAAGGUAGCGCUGAUCACCGGAGCAGCUAGCGGCAUCGGCAAGGCUACAGCUGCAAAGUUCAUCAGCAAUGGCGCCAAGGUCGUCAUUGCCGAUAUCCAACGCCAACUCGGUCGGGACACGGCGGCUGAACUUGGCCCAAACGCCACUUUCAUCCCCUGCGAUGUCACCAAAGAAUCUGACGUCUCUGAUGCCGUGGACUUCACCAUCUCCACACAUGACAAGCUUGACAUCAUGUACAACAAUGCUGGAAUUGCCUGCAACACUCCUCCCAGCAUAGUGGAUCUCGAUCUGGCCGUCUUCGACAGAGUCAUGGACAUCAACGUCAGGGGAGUGAUGGCGGGGAUCAAGCACGCUUCCCGCGUGAUGAUCCCGCGUAGAACCGGAUGCAUCCUGUGCACCGGUAGCAUUACGGGGAUAAUGGCCGGAUUAGCACAACACACGUACACUGUUUCUAAAUCUACAGUGAUCGCAAUUGUUAGCUCUGCCGCGGCAGAGCUCUGUCAGUACGGGAUUCGGAUCAAUUGCAUCUCGCCGUUUGCAAUCCCGACUCCAAUGGUUAUGAAUGAGAUGAACCAGAUUUAUUCAGGGCUUAAUGAUGCACGGCUGAGGGAAAUUGUGUAUAAUGCUGGUGCACUCCACGGUGCGAAUUGUGAGCCGGAAGACAUAGCGAAUGCUGCAGUCUAUUUGGCAUCGGACGAUGCCAAAUAUAUCAGUGGGCAUAAUUUGGUUGUAGAUGGAGGAUUUACAAGGUUUAAGAGCUUGGGAUUUCCGGCACCUGAUCAGGUCGCCUGAGACUUCAAUUGUUAAAACAUAAUAAAUUUAUGCAAAACUU